AUGCCAGCCCUUAUCAGCCGUCAAACCUCCACCACGGAGUCUAUCAACUCCGUUAAGAACGGCACCAAGGUGCCGCCCACCAGUUCCUGUGGCCUUCUCGUGAAUGCAGCCCGCAAGGGUAACGUCGAUAUUAUCAGGUUCCUGAUCUAUCUCGGUGCCGACGUCAAUGAAUACUACGACGGCGUCACCCCACUCCUCGCGGCAGCCAUAGCCGGCCAGGAAGCCGCCAUGAUCGAGCUCCUUCAGAAUGACGCGAGCCCCACAGCCCGUGAUAAGGAAGGCUGCACCAUUUUCAAGCUCCUCCUUGACAACCAUCACUACGAUAUCGCGGAGAUGUUGAUUAAGGAGUACCCCGAGCUCACCGUGACGGACCCGCGUCUGCCUAAAGGCGAGAAAUGGCUCCGGGAGCAGUUCAAAGAGAUCUCGGACAAUGUUAAAGACCCGAAGAGCAAGCCUAGCAAGGAGGUCCUGGAGUAUCUCAUUUCAGGUCAGCUCCCUCGUGAGGAGGGCCGCUCCGUCUCGGACGUCUACUGGGAGCAUAUCUUGCUGCGUUAUAUCGGGGAUGUUCCGCUGGAUAUCAAGCGGAACUACUCCCCCUCCCUGCGUCUGUCGCUGAUGGGCACUUUCGACAGAUUCUUCCUCGGACAUGAGGGCAUCAAGGAGUCGGCUAGGCUGCUUAACAGUAAGUUGCCUACUACUGCUUACACCAUCGAGGGCACCGUGGUGGAUGAAGAGGGGGGAUGGGUGACGGAGCGUUGGAGCUACCAUGAUGCCUAUGGCAUCGACGUGAGAGACGGUAUAGAUUCGUUCUUGAUUGAUAGUGACAAGGGAAAGAUCAUGGUGAAGAUGAUUAACUAUAACGUUGGAAAGAAGACUAAGUCUUAG